GUUUUAUAACCGAGAGGAGGAAGUCGCGUCACAACCGGAAGUAGGUAUUAUGCAAAGAUGGCGGCGUUGAUGGUUUCACGCCUUCCCACCCUUGGCUCCUUUAAUAUAAGGGCCAUUUCAUCUUUUGCUACUUAUAAAAAAGUUCCACUGACAGACACAAAGGAUGAAAGCUCCACAAGCCUUGUCCCAUUCAGAGAGAAAAGCACAGCAUUAGCACCAAAACCAGCUUCAUCGCUCAGCAGCAAGGGUGAAUACAUCAUUACCAAGCUGGAUGAUCUGGUCAACUGGGCGCGCAGGAGCUCCUUGUGGCCCAUGACCUUUGGCCUGGCUUGUUGUGCUGUGGAGAUGAUGCACAUGGCCGCUCCACGUUAUGACAUGGAUCGAUUUGGUGUUGUAUUCAGAGCCAGCCCUAGACAGUCUGAUGUCAUGAUCGUCGCAGGAACACUAACCAAUAAAAUGGCCCCUGCUUUACGGAAGGUGUAUGAUCAGAUGCCCGAGCCCAGAUACGUCAUUUCGAUGGGAAGCUGUGCUAAUGGUGGAGGUUACUAUCAUUACUCUUAUUCGGUGGUGCGGGGCUGUGAUCGUAUCGUGCCGGUGGACAUCUACGUCCCAGGUUGCCCUCCAACUGCUGAGGCUCUGCUUUACGGAAUACUGCAGUUACAGAGGAAGAUCAAACGAGAGAAGAAAAUGCAAAUUUGGUAUCGCAAGUGAGAAGUGAUUGUGUGUGUGUGUGGUAAAAAUGUUUAUUUAAGUCUGGUCGUUUGUUGGGCUAAGAAAAUGUAUUUCUCAGGAGCUUCUCUAGAUUGAGCACCCCUUGAGCUCCUCUUCUUUGUAUCUACAAUAAAGGACUUUCUGAAUGCUGAGAGGUGUGAAAUGAAAAAAACAUUUUCAUGGCAUUUGUAUUUUGUUGUGUUAAACUUUAUCAAUGUAUGCUUAACUGUAAUACAUGUGAGCAUCUAGCCCAACUUUGAGGGUGGUGUAAUCCAAGGAUUUGAGUAAAAAUGACUCAUGCCAAGUUAACACCCACUCAAUAGAAUAAUAAAGAUAUAUCCAAAUCUAACGCAUUCAGGUAGACCUCACAUAAACUGUCAAGUGUGGAUCAUAGUUUAAAAUACAUAAAGAAUAUGAAGUGCAAAACAUAGGCUUAAAUUUGUUAGCAUUGUGACAGCAAUGUACUUCAGUUAAGGCUGAAAAGAUAAUUUCCUCACAAAUCUUCAUUACCAUAAGUAUUUGUCGUGCUUAUAUAUGUGGUCCUCUCUUUAAUUUAUGAUUUUUACCAAAUCAUUUUAAUGCUUUUUAUUGUAAUGCGGUAAAAAUGACACAGUAAUGAGAUUUACAAAGAGCGUUUUGUGAAUAUAAAUGCAAAUACAAGAAAAUAUGUAUUUUUAAUGUAACAUGAUUGAAGUUAGAGUUUAAUAGCUCUGGUCCAUAUUUUGCAUUUUUACCGGAGUUUAAAAGUGUGCCCUACCCACAUAUAUUGGAGUAAAUUGAUAAAAAUGGUCUCAUUUUACAGAAAGCUGUGACAUUUUUGACAAUUAUUCUGUAAUGCUACUCUACUGCUAACUCGUGAGUGAGUUUGUGUGAUAAUAUUAAAUUUCAUAUUUAUAUUUAUAUGAUUUUCACUGGGGAGAGAGGAUUUGGGAAGACAAAAUCAGACCUUAUGUUCUAUGUAGCAAAAAAAUGCAAAAUUGAGCUGAGGUUCUAAGCUUUCAAAAGAUACCAUAUACAAACCCGAUUCCAAAAAAGUUGGGACACUGUACAAAUUGUGAAUAAAAACAGAAUGCAAUGAUGUGGAAGUUUCAAAUUUCAAUAUUUUAUUCAGAAUACAACAUCGAUGACAUAUCAAAUGUUUAAACUGAGAGAAUGUAUCAUUUUAAGGGAAAAAUAAGUUGAUUUUAAAUUUCAUGGCAUCAACACAUCUCAAAAAAGUUGUGACAAGGCCAUGUUUACCACUGUGUGGCAUCCCCUCUUCUUUUUAUAACAGUCUGCAAACGUCUGGGGACUGAGGAGACAAGUUGCUCAAGUUUAGGAAUAGGAAUGUUGUCCCAUUCUUGUCUAAUACAGGCUUCUAGUUGCUCGACUGUCUUAGGUCUUCUUUGUCGCAUCUUCCUCUUUAUGAUGCGCCAAAUGUUUUCUAUGGGUGAAAGAUCUGGACUGCAGGCUGGCCAUUUCAGUACCCGGAUCCUUCUACGCAGCCAUGAUGUUGUAAUUGAUGCAGUAUGUGGUCUGGCAUUGUCAUGUUGGAAAAUGCAAGGUCUUCCCUGAAAGAGACGACGUCUGGAUGGGAGCAUAUGUUGUUGUAGAACUUGGAUAUACCUUUCAGCAUUGAUGGUGCCUUUCCAGAUGUGUAAGCUGCCCAUGCCACACGCACACUCAUGCAACCCCAUACCAUCAGAGAUGCAGGCUUCUGAACUGAGCGCUGAUAACAACUUGGGUUGUCCUUGUCCUCUUUAGUCCGGAUGACAUGGCGUCCCAGUUUUCCAAAAAGAACUUCAAAUUUUGAUUCGUCUGACCACAGAACAGUUUUCCACUUUGCCACAGUCCAUUUUAACGCUACGCACAGAGAUUGUUCCAGAUUCUCUGAAUCUUUGGAUGAUAUUAUGCACUGUAGAUGAUGAUAACUUCAAACUCUUUGCAAUUUUUCUCUGAGAAACUCCUUUCUGAUAUUGCUCCACUAUUUUUCGCCGCAGCAUUGGGGGAAUUGGUGAUCCUCUGCCCAUCUUGACUUCUGAGAGACACUGCCACUCUGAUAGGCUCUUUUUAUACCCAAUCAUGUUGCCAAUUGACCUAAUAAGUUGCAAAUUGGUCCUCCAGCUGUUCCUUAUAUGUACAUUUAACUUUUCCGGCCUCUUAUUGCUACCUGUCCCAACUUUUUUGGAAUGUGUAGCUCUCAUGAAAUCCAAAAUGAGCCAAUAUUUGGCAUGACAUUUCAAAAUGUCUCACUUUCAACAUUUGAUAUGUUAUCUAUAUUCUAUUGUGAAUAAAAUAUAAGUUUAUGAGAUUCGUAAAUUAUUGCAUUCCUUUUUUAUUCACAGUUUGUAGUGUCCCAACUUUUUUGGAAUCGGGUUUGUAUAUCUCACAAUUUAUAGAUUUGAUGAUGCAAUAUUAGACCCAGUCUGCCAGUCCAAUAUUGGACUGGCAGAGUUUAAGAGAAAUCAACUAAAUAAAAUUGGUGAUUAGUCUCUACCUCUCUAAAUUGUGCAGUGUUAAAGUGCCUGAGAUCAUAGGACAACAUAAUGUACGAAAACUCAGUAAUGUGCAAUUUGUGUGUGCAAUGACCUAUGCUUAACCAAUCAAUUCUAAUUGUGCAAUUAUGAGAUUUCCAUCAGCAUUGUGUCCUUGAGCAAAAUACUAACACUCCAGAAAUACAUUAGGUGGCAUCCUUUGACACUGCUUUCCAACACUACAUGAAAGCCCCCCUCAACACUGCACAUCAUUGGACACACCCAGUUCCUGAGUUCUUGCAGGUUUGUUAGAUAAGAGAAAAUGUGUGAGGGUAGUGCUGUUGGGGAAACGGGUUUAAGACACACUGCACUAGAAGAUGUAGUCGACAUAAACUUUGAGUUUUUUUAUGUGUUCAGUGUGCUAUAUCCAGAGCCGAUCCUUCCCAUACGCAGGUAGCAUAGGGCCCCAGCACCACCAGAGGCCCCCUUGAGUACCGAAUCAAAAACACUAUUUGUAAACAAGACACUAUUUUUAUAACUUGCAGAUUCAACUUUAAUCGUUUGGAAAUUUCCUUUUUCCAUAGUUAAUUUAUUCAAUUACUGGUACAUACUCGGAUAUCAUGCAGUGGGCGGCAGGUAAUGACAUGCGCAUGAUGUGCUGAUAUGAGUCUUUACAAAUGACCGUGGCUUUAAAACGGAGCUGGGUUGAGAAAAAAUGGCAAUAAUGCGAAGCAAAAGAACAAGAAGGCAUGUGUUUUUGUAUUAUUUAAAGUCUUUAUUUAGUUUUGCCAAAUUAUGCAAUUAAUUACUUACAAAACAAUUCUCCAGUAGGCUAAUAUGUAAUUUUUAGUUUGUGCCAUCACAUUUCGAGAAUAAUCAUGUGUUUUCAUAUGCUUAGCUUUUUUGAGGAAACUGUAUUUAUCAUGCUUUAUUUUUGUUA